GCUGUAGCCUCGUCGACGCCGUUUGGAGCUCAUGUUUCAGUGGUUUUUACCUUUAAAAUUAACAGUGCAAUAGUGAAAUUGGUGGUGUCCGAUCGAUGUGGACAUUUGAAGAUGCGUCACGAAUAGGCGCGUUGGAUAUGGAUAGCAGGCGAGCGUGCCCAAGUUACGAAGCCGGGUUUGACGCGAGCGAUCCUUUAGGGUCAGUGUUUGAGUGGUCGGGGCGAGCACCAGCCCGCGUGUUGCGGCGACGUUGUCGCAGUGAAGGCGUGGAUCGGUCGCCGUAUGAGGAUGUUAGUCGCGAGACGAACCGAUCAGCGGACGGUUAUCCUCGCCACCGAGCUCAACCAAACAAAAGUCACUUUACACUGAACAAUUUCGAAGGUCAUCAUCUCGACCGGUUCUCACACGAGUGCAUGCUACCUGCCACUCAGAACGGAGAUUACAUCAUGGCACAAGAACAGAACAGGCACCAUGGAUAUCAACCAGGUAGAUCAAAAUUUCACAGAACAAGCCCAACCAGACCAUUGCUAGUUACAACAUUAUCUAAUACAAAACUUGAUGAUAGAUUACCAAAAGUAGAUGAGUUGCUCGAAAGAGUUGACCAAGAGAUGAUGGAAGUGCAAAUGGCAAAACAACCACUUAAAUCUAUACUUAAUAAUCCGUUACCAAAAUCUCCACCCCAAGGUAUACUGAAGAAACCUAAGAGCAAGUUGUAUCAGGAAUAUAAAUCGAGUGAGGGUCGUAGGAGACAAAGGGCUGCCAGUGAAUCUGAUAAUUUAUUUUGUAAUUUUCAUGUUGCUUCACCUAUACCAGGUUAUGACAGCCGUUUGUCAUAUCUGUCAAGUAACAUGAAGCGUGCUAAAGAUAAUUCCGGUUCAGGGUACUCUUAUGGGACUGCAGUUGCUUCAGUCGGGAACACAUCCACCAAAACUAUUUCUAGCUACUCAAAAAGUCAGAGAUGUUCAUGCAAAGAAGUGUAUUUGGCUAACAAAGAUGAAUUUCAUAAUAUGCAAAUUUUGAGAACAACUGCAAUCAACAGUGAUACAAUUGCAGAGGCACCUAUUAUGGAAAUGCCACGCCAAGAGACGCCGACACCCACAUGCCCGGCGGUAAGUCCUGCGUUGCCAGUCAGCUCGGUGACCGCGCUCUCAGCCAAGAAAGCAGUCAAGCCCGGCAAGAAAAAGGUCAAGCAAAAGGUCAAAGUGUCCAAGAUGAAAUCCACUAGCAGCAAAAUCGAUUGUACCGUUGUAGACACAGAGGCCGAAGAUGCUAGUAGGUCGCCGUCACCCGAUCCGAUCACAGAUUCUAGGUGGCCGAUGGAAAUAGAGCCUGUUAUCGAACCGGACCGGACAACCAAGUUGAAAUUGGACGUGUCCGACUCUGGUCCCAUCAAUAAGCUCUCUACUAAACUCAACGGAACUGUCGUCUCCGCAAAAAAUAUACCUAAAGAAUCUCCCCUUAAUUUACCGGAUACGAUUAGCAGUUGUCUCCGGCCUUCGCUAUUUCCACGUGUUCCACCAUACCUCAAGUUCGUAGGACACGAGGACACUAUACCAUUGAAGAUACCAUUACCAAUACAGAAGCAUCUCAAAUGGAAACUCACCACCAUAACACCAAUAGUUGUUAAGAAAACUCUAACAAAUUCUGGGUUUAGAUUAGUUAAAAGCGAAUGUGAUACUGCAGAAUGCCCGCAAGAAGAAACUGUAGAAUGGAUAGGUAUAUGGGGUAAGCAUAUGAAGUCUCUAAUGUUCAGAGCGAUAAAAGACGGUCAGAAAAUGAACCACUUCCCGGGGACCUUCCAAAUAGGUCGUAAAGAUCGUCUAUGGAGGAACCUACAGAAGCUGGCGACUAAAUACGGCGUGUCCGAGUUCGGGAUUAUGCCUAAGACUUAUGUGUUGCCACACGAUAUGAAACUGUUGAAACACGACUGGGAGAAGUACGCGGCGAACAAUGAAAAAUGGAUCAUAAAGCCGCCUGCCUCUGCCAGAGGGACUGGGAUUAAAGUAGUAUCCCGUUGGACGCAAAUCCCUAAGAAACGGCCAGUAGUUGUGCAGCGAUAUGUGUCGAAGCCGUACCUCAUAAAUGGUAGCAAGUUCGAUAUGAGGUUGUACGUUCUCGUCACUUCUGUGCAUCCUCUGAGGAUAUACUUGUAUAAGGACGGCUUGGCGAGGUUCGCUUCAGUAAAAUAUAAUGACGAGUUGGCAUCAUUGAAUGAUCGGUACAUGCAUUUGACAAAUUACUCGAUCAAUAGAUUGUCCAAGAACUACACGCCGAACGAAGACUUCACGGCUUGUGAAGGACAUAAAUGGACUCUACAAUCUUUGUUCCACUACUUAAAGACUGAAAAAGACGUCGAUACAGACGCAUUAUGGGAGUCUAUGAAGGAUCUUGUGAUCAAAACUAUAAUAUCGGGCGAGGCUAGCAUAAGUUCCUUGACGAAGGCUAAUGUCACUUCACGGUAUAACUGCUACGAACUAUUCGGCAUCGACGUUCUGUUAGACGAAAAUCUGAAACCGUGGCUUUUAGAGGUGAAUAUAUCUCCGAGCUUGCACAGCGCGUCACCGUUAGACAUCCACGUGAAGGGUCCCCUGGUGACGACUGUACUAAACAUCGCACAGUUCCAAGUGCCCUUGAAAACUAACCUAGAAAUGUUGUCUAAGGAGAAACCACAUAAAUUGGCGGGGCUACCUUAUGACAGCAGAUUAUAUACUGUGUACCUGUCCAAAGAAGAAAGAGACAAACAUAUAAUUUAUACGAAUAUGGAAGACCGUGACAUGUACCUCAGGGAUAUCCUGUCCACCCUGACGCCGGAUGACGUGCGUCACCUAAUCCAGGCGGAGGACGAGUUCACACAAUCCGGUGAUAUGGAGCGGGUAUUUCCGACUCACGCCACUCACAAGUACCUGGGCUACCUGGCGGGGCCGCGCUAUUACAACCGGCUGUUUGACGCGUGGGAGGCGCGAUACCAUUUCAACAGGCAACCAGGUCUCGAGUUACUGCGCAACCUGUGCGACAUCGGCUACCAUUUAGAAGUACCGCCUGUGCCCUUGAAGGUAACUGUGAAAGAGCUCACACCCCGAUUUAUACGUAAACACAUAGAGAAGAUAAAUCCCGCGAUAGUUGACCUUAGUGUCUUGGAUAGAGAGUUCAAUAUACCCCGGUUUGGCGUCACGUGGCGCUGGCUAUACCUGCUCGUAGUUUUUGUCGCUUGCUCUGUCGCUGCUUUGCGAUUUUAGCAUUUGAUAUAACGUAAAACGCAGGAAACGAUACGCUCAAAUUAUAUUAGCUUUUGAUAAUAUGGCAUAUAU